AUGUGCCAAGUGGAAUUUGAGCUGGCCUGCGCUGCUGUCAAGGAGCUCAAGGGUCCUGUGAGUGAUCAGGAGAAAUUGUUGGUGUACAGCUACUAUAAACAGGCCACCCAGGGUGACUGCAACAUCCCUGCCCCCUCUGCUACAGAUGUGAAAGCCAAGGCCAAGUGGGAGGCAUGGAACCAGAACAAAGGGAUGACCAAGAUGGACGCCAUGAGGAUCUAUGUUGCCAAAGUGCAAGAGCUAAAGAAAAAUGAGGCUGGUUAG